UGUUCUUGGGUGCUCCUGGGUGUUCUUGGAAUGCUCCUGGGUGUUCUUGGAAUGUUCCUGGGUGUUCUUGGAAUGUUCCUGGGUGUUCCUGGAAUGUUCCUGGGUGUUCUUGGAGUGUUCUUUGGUGUUGUUGGGUGUUCUUGGGGUGUUCUUUGGUGUUCCUGGGGUGUUCUUGAGUGCUCUUGGAGUGUUCUUGGAAUGUUCCUGGGUGUUCUUGAGUGUUCUUUGGGUGUUCCUGGGUGUUCUUGAAUGUUCUUUGAGUGUUCCUGGAAUGUUCCUGGGUGUUCUUUGGUGUUUCCUGGAAUGUUCCUGGGUGUUCCUGGGUGUUCUUGGAAUGUUCCUGGGUGUUCUUUGGGUGUUCCUGGAAUGUUCCUGGGUGUUCCUGGAAUGUUCCUGGGUGUUCUUUGGGUGUUCCUGGAAUGUUCCUGGGUGUUCCUGGAAUGUUCCUGGGUGUUCUUUGGUGUUCCUCGAGUGUUCUUGGAAUGUUCCUGGGUGUUCCUGGAAUGUUCCUGGGUGUUCUUUGGUGCUUCCUGGGUGUUCUUGAGUGUUCCUGGGGUGUUCUUGGAAUGUUCCUGGGUGUUCCUGGGGUGUUCCUGGGUGUUCUUGGGUGUUCUUGAAUGUUCUUGGAAUGUUCCUGGAAUGUUCCUGGGUGUUCUUUGGGUGUUCCUGGGUGUUCUUUGGGUGUUCCAGGAAUAUUCCUGGAAUGUUCCUGGGUGUUCUUGGAAUGCUCUUUGGGUGUUCCUGGAAUGUUCCUGGCUGUUCUUUGGUGUUCCUGGGUGUUCUUGGAAUGUUCCUGGGUUGUUCCUGGGUGUUCCUGGAAUGUUCCUGGGUGUUCCUGGAAUGUUCCUGGGUGUUCCUGGAAUGUUCCUGGGUGUUCUUUGGUGUUCCUGGGUGUUCCUGGAAUGUUCCUGGGGUGUUCUUGGAGUGUUCUUUGGUGUUCUUGGGUGUUCCUGGGUGUUCUUGGAAUGUUCCUGGGUGUUCUUUGGGUGUUCCUGGAAUGUUCUUGGAGUGUUCCCGUGUAUUCCUGGGUGUUCCUGGAGUGUUCUUGGAAUGUUCCUGGGUGUUCCUGGGGUGUUCCUGGAGUGUUCUUGGAAUGUUCCCAGGUGUUCCUGGGUGUUCUUUGGUGUUCCUGGGGUGUUCCUGGGAUGUUCCCAGCAGCUCCCAGCACACAUUUGGUGGGGUUGGGGUUUUUUUGGGUGGUCAAGGCAGCUCGGGGACGCUCGGGAAAGCUCCUGAAACCACUGGAAUUGUGACAUGGAACAGGAAAAAGUUCCUGAAACCGCUGGAAUUGUGACAUGGAAGGGGAAAAAGUUCCUGGAAGAGCUGGAAUUGUGACAUGGAACAGGAAAAAGUUCCUGAAACCGCUGGAAUUGUGACAUGGAACAGGAAAAAGUUCCUAAAACCGCUGGAAUUGUGACAUGGAACAGGAAAAAGUUCCUGAAACCACUGGAAUUUUGUGACAUGGAACAGGAAAAAGUUCCUGAAACCGCUGGAAUUGUGACAUGGAACAGGAAAAAGUUCCUGAAACCUCUGGAAUUGUGACAUGGAACAGGAAAAAGUUCCUGGAAGAGCUGGAAUUGUGACAUGGAACAGGAAAAAGUUCCUGGAAGAGCUGGAAUUGUGACAUGGAACAGGAAAAAGUUCCUGGAAGAGCUGGAAUUGUGACAUGGAACAGGAAAAAGUUCCUGAAACCGCUGGAAUUGUGACAUGGAACAGGAAAAAGCUCCUGAAACCACUGGAAUUGUGACAUGGAACAGGAAAAAGUUCCUGAAGCCGCUGGAAUUGUGACAUGGAACAGGAAAAAGUUCCUGGAACCGCUGGAAUUUUGUGACAUGGAACAGGAAAAAGUUCCUGGAAGUGCUGGAAUUGUGACAUGGAACAGGAAAAAGUUCCUGAAACCGCUGGAAUUGUGACAUGGAACAGGAAAAAGUUCCUGGAAGAGCUGGAAUUGUGACAUGGAACAGGAAAAAGUUCCUGAAACCACUGGAAUUGUGACAUGGAACAGGAAAAAGUUCCUGAAGCCGCUGGAAUUGUGACAUGGAACAGGAAAAAGUUCCUGGAAGUUCUGGAAUUGUGACAUGGAACGGGAAAAAGUUCCUGGAAAUGCUGGAAUUUUGUGAUGGAACGGGAAAAAGUUCCUAAAAGUGCUGGAAUUUUGUGAUGGAACGGGAAAAAGUUCCUGAAAGAACUGGAAUUGGGUCUUGGAAGGGAAAGAAUUCCUCAAAUCCCUCGGAACGAGGUCAGGGAAUGGGGGAAAAGCUCCUGGAAUGUGCUGGAAUUUGAGUCUUGGAUGGGAGAGAAUUCCUAAAAUCCCUCGGAAUGGGGUCAGGGAUGGGGGAAAGGUCCUGGAAUGUGCUGGAAUUUGGGUCUUGGAAGGGAGAGAAUUCCCAGGAAAUGUUCUUGGAAUGUGUCCAUGUUGAGAGAAUUCCCAAAGAAACACCGGAAUUGUGACUUGGAAGUGAGAGAAUUCCCGUGAAAUGUUCUUGGAAUGUGUCCAUGUUGCUGAAUUCCUAAAAAACCACCGGGAUUGUGCCUUGGGAAUGAGAGAAUUCCCAGGAAAUGUUCUUGGAGUGUGUCCAUGUUGAGAGAAUUCCCAAAAAAUUCGCCCAAAUUGUGCCUUGGAAGUGAGAGAAUUCCCAGGAAAUGUUCUUGGAGUGUGUCCAUGUUGCUGAAUUCCUAAAAAACCACCGGAAUUGUGCCUUGGGAAUGAGAGAAUUCCCAAAAAAUUCGCCCAAAUUGUGUCUUGGAAAUGAGAGAAUUCCUAGGAAAUGUUCUUGGAAUGUGUCCAUGUUGAGAGAAUUCCCAAAGAAACACCGGAAUUGUGUCCUGGAAGUGAGAGAAUUCCCAGGAAAUGUUCUUGGAGUGUGUCCAUGUUGAGAGAAUUCCCAAAAAAUUCGCCCAAAUUGUGUCUUGGAAAUGAGAGAAUUCCU